AAAUGCGCCCUACAGAGGGCGCGAGUAACAGAUGACAUUUUUAAUGCCAAGAACAUCGUUCAUAACCUUAUUUACGAAUCUAUCGUUACAAUUCGUAGAGCUUAUUCCAUAAUAUUUGAUGAAUUUUUCAAUAAUAACAUUUUAAUUAAACAUCGUAAUAUAAUAACCUAAUAAAUCUUAUAACAUUGUUGUCAAUUUUGAAUCGUAAGAAAUAAUUAAUAAUAUUGAAGAAACAUGACAGAAAACUUUGAAAGGGAUCUUCCAACAAUGUAUACAAAUGAAGAACCAAAAACAGCUGGUCAACCACUCUCAGAUUUUCUUUUACAACUAGAAGAUUAUACACCAACGGUGCCUGAUGCUAUUAGCGAACAUUACUUGCAUACUGCUGGUUUUAAUACAACCGAUCCAAGAAUAGUACGUUUAGUAUCCUUAGCAGCUCAGAAAUUCAUUUCCGAAAUUGCUAAUGAUGCCCUUCAACACUGCAAAACACGUGGUGCUAAUCAAAAUACAAAAACAAAAGGAAAGGAUCGUCGUUAUAUGCUUACUAUGGAAGAUUUGACGCCCGCUGUUGCUGAAUAUGGCAUUAUAGUUAAGAAACCACAUUACUUCGUUUAAAAAAAAAUAUAUUCUUUAUUAUAAAAUAGGUCUUCUACUAAAUUUUUUGAAAUCUAAUGUAUUGAAAUCUAAUGUAGUUUUACGAGUACACAUAUGGACAUAAAAUUUUCAUUACUUGAUACAUGUAUAUAGUUUAUAUUAGAUUGUAUACAUUAUGUCAAAAACUACAUAUAUAAUUUUGUUUAAAUUAAAAAUUGAUAUAUGUCAUACAUGAAGGAGUAUCAAUAUUUUAUGUAUUAAUAAUUUACAUCAGAAUAUUAUAUCUUUUCAUAGUAUAUUUAAAUUAUUAUAUCAUAUUUACAAGAUAAGUCGAAGGUAUAAUACAGAAUAUAAAUAUAAAUAAGAAAAUAUACUUAUAUAUUAUAAGAAAAUAAAUACGUCUUUGUAAUAAAUGAAAACAAUUAACGAAUAAAUACAUAUGCACACAAUGUAUGCAUAUAUGCACAUGUGGCAGUUCUACAUCA